AUGUGGGGAUGGGCGGCCGGAGUCGCCAAGGUCGGUAUCAGGCGCUCGGCCGUCGACGUCCUGAAGAUGGAAGUCCAUCUCUUCGGCUAUCUCCUUCCUUCUCUUCCGUCCGAUCUGAGCGGUCGUUCUCCUCUCGCCGGCGUCACAUGGGUCCCGUGACGACACAAUACCUGAAUUCCUCCUGUGUCUUCGUCUGAAGCUUCGCGAGGGCCAGUCAACCUCCGGAAACCACGUGGCUGCCGUCGAUGGCGAUCGGCUGUGGUCACCGCCGUCGGUGGAACGAAAGGCGGUGAUCUCUUCCUGA